GUUUAACAUUUCGUCAGAAGUUAAUACGAGCCAUCAGAGAUGCAGUAUAACCAGGUCCAGGCUGUGCGACGUAGGACUGAGUAACGUGAAAUGUGCCUGAUCAAUGGCGUCUGGUCUGAAUUGCACAUUGUAAGGCCUCCUACAUAUAUUAGUGCGCCCUAUGACUGAACAUCCCCACCCCAUCACCCAGCCUAUUUUAUUUUAGUUCGCAACCUAGGCAAUACUCUCAACUCAUUAACCUUCAGCAGCUCAUCAUCCAACACAAAUUAGUACCCACCGUUAAGACACCUUAGUCAUGGCCAACGAACUCCCCACCAUCGAUCUCUCGGCAUACUUUGCGUCUUCCUCGUCGAUCUCCGAGGCUCGACAUGUCGCCCAAGAUAUGUACACCGCAGCAUCAACCUGGGGCUUCUUCGUCGUCACCGGAACCACCGUCUCACCAGAGACGCAAUCCUCCCUCGUAGACUCCGCCAAAGCCUUCUUCGACCUGACGCCCGAGGUCAAGAUGGCCCUGGACGUCCGCUCCGGAGGCGUCGCCUGGCGGGGGUACAUGCCGCUGGGCGGCGAGCACACGCACGGCCGCACCGACUGGAAGGAGGGCCUCUACGUGGGACCCGAGCACGCCGACGACCACCCGCUCGCCGGCGCGCCGCUGCACGGCCGGAACCAGUUCCCGGACGAGUCGCUUCCCGGCAUGCGCCCCGCCGUGCUCGAGUACGUGCGCCAGGUGAGUGAGCUGGGGAAGACGUUGACGGACCUGUUCUCGCUGGGCCUCGGCUUGGAGGAAGGAGAGCUGCGUCGACGGCUUCUGGAACCGGAGCCUGUCGUUCUGUUUAGGUGCUUCAAGUAUGUCCCGGUCAAGAAGGAGGUUGCCGAGAGUGGGGAAGGAGGAGAUGGCAAGGAGAGCUUCGGUAUUGGCAAACACACCGAUUUUGGCUAUCUCACCAUUCUGAAGGUCGACUCGCCGGGCCUCCAGGUUCUCUCACCAUCGAAUGCCUGGGUUGAUGUCCCUGUCAUUGAGAACGCCUUCAUUAUAAACAUUGGCGACAUGUUCGACCAACUCACUAGCGGCCGCUUCCGGUCCCGGCCACACCGCGUCGUCCGGCCCGCCCCGGAUUCGCCACCGCGCUAUUCAUUCCCCCUCUUCUUCGACUUUGCCUGGAACGCGGAGAUGCAGCGCCUGCCCCUGGAACACCUGGCCCCCUUGUCUGAGCAGGAUCAGGCGGUCGCCCGAGACCGCUGGGCCGGAACCACGUUCCGAGACGUCGGGGGCACAUGGUCGCAGUACCUGGCUCGCAAGGUCCAGAAGGUGUUCCCCCACCUAAAACUCCCGGACUUUGAGCCGAAUGCCGCGCCGUCGACGAGGUUCACACGGGUCGUGGAGGCGGCGGCGACUUAGGUCUGAUACUAGUGACACAGCUCUCUGUUAACGAAACCAGGAAUGAAAAGGGGGCUGAUUUUCUUCUUCAUUUCACGACCAUCCGGCUACAAUACCAUGCAGCCCGAGCGUCGGCCAAGAAUAUAUGUUGUCUAUCUA